AUGCUUCAAACGCUUUAUUAUCGUUGGGUGCUCUUAGUAUUGCUCAUAGCUUUGAUUAAAGCUCGUACAAAUGUCGCGAAUGCAUCCGUGUGCACAGCGUGUGGAUAUUUGGCAAAGAACUGCAGUGACUCGAGCGCUAGCGACGGUGUGAGCGUCUGCGACUCCAAAAAAAAUAUUCAGAUAGACGAUGUAUUCUGCAAUGACGAUGAGUGUCAAUGUGCCGACCACCACAAAUGUGUAAGCACUGUCGUAGGCUGCUCGCACAUUUUCCAGGCACGAAAUCGACGUCGCUGUCUUGGUAACGUGACACUGUCUAGACGUUUUAAGAAGUGUGCAAUCGAUCAAGAUCUUACAACACUUGCUGCGUCCAAUGUGGCGAGUGACUGGAUUUACUUUAAGCAGCGGAACAAGUGCCAGUCUAUGGAUUGUCUAGCUGUCAGGAUGUUUCAUCAGAGUGGCCUCGUGCAAUGUGGACAUUUGUUGGCUGUGUGGAAGACCAACUUAUCUAGUUAUGAAACGUCAGAGAUUGUGACAUUAAGCGGCAUGAAAGCAGAUAUGAUGUAUUAUUUUAUCGCAGACGGCUCUCGUGCGCUUGAUAUGAAAGCUGGAACUUUUCUCUACUCGGUUCCUUGGUCUUCAGAGACGUUAUCGUUGGUGACAAAACAGACAAACAGCACGGGCAUACACUCGUGCUAUGUGCUUCAGACACGGAAUCAACCCAAUGGUACGUGUGAAGGCUUGUACUUGCAAUUCGACUCCAGUGUGCAGUUUGCCAACAGUGAAGAGUACGUGAUGUCCACGUUGAGCUGGCAGGUUUGGCUUGCUGUAGUUGCUAGCGUGGCUGCAGCCAUCGCUGCCAUUGUUAUCAUGGGCGUGGUAAUGUAUCGGUUCCACCACAUGGAAAUGUUGACUGUCGAAACUGGUGAGGAUGGUGGUCUCUUGGGGGAGCUGGAAAGUUUGCGCGAUGGCGGAGGCACCAGUCCCAUAACUCCAGCUAGUCUACAACCCCAGUCCCCAGCCUCGGGAGAAGGUCUUCUGCGCACUGAUUUACGCCAGCGCGGAUCACCCGACGCCACACAGAUGGAGGCGAAAGCUGGCUGGACAGCAUUGUAA